AUGGCUGAACCUGCGGUGACUCUGCGGACGCGCAAGUUCAUCCGGAACCCGCUUCUGGGUAGAAAACAGAUGGUUGUUGACAUCCUCCACCCCAACCGUGCCAACAUCUCCAAGGACGAGCUCCGUGGGAAACUCUCAGAACUUUACAAGUCCAAAAAGGACCAAGUCUCCGUAUUCGGUCUCCGCACGCACUAUGGUGGUGGUAAGACCACCGGUUUCGCUCUCAUCUACGACUCGACCGAAGCCCUGAAGAAAUUUGAACCCCGUUACCGCCUCGUCCGCAUCGGAGCUGCGGAGAAGAUUGAGAAAGCCAGCAGGCAGCAACGCAAACAAAGGAAAAACCGGUCAAAGAAGUUCCGGGGCACAGAAAAGACCAAGGGACCAAAGAAGGACAAGAAGGGUAAAUAG